AUGCUGAAUAUCCCCAUUAUUGCAAACACCAAGAGGUUCUUUUCUCCCAAAGACCACGGAUCCCAUCCUACGCUAGACGAUGAUGUUGAACUGGAAGUGAGGGAAGGUCCGAGUUCAGGCUAUCAUCCGAACUUCAACGGAGAUGACGCUAUUUUGAAGAAAAAUAAUGACGAGGUGGAUCUUGAUACUGCGAAAUUGACGACUGUAACCUCAACGGUCUUGAACACCCCCGAGGGCUCUCUUAUCUAUGAUGAUGACAAAGAGUUCCCAGAUGGUGGACUUCAAGCAUGGUUAGUAGUCUUUGGCGCUUUUAUGGGUCUUAUUCCCGUGUUCGGUUUAAUUAACUCCCUAGGGGCUAUUGAAUCAUACAUUUCCAAACAUCAACUGAAAAAUAUUUCAUCUUCCACUACGUCUUGGAUCUUUUCCUUGUAUCUAGCUAUCAGCUUUUUGAGUUGUAUAUUAUCUGGUGGCUAUUUUGACAGAAAUGGUAGUGUUGGUUUGAUGUGUACGGGUACAGUCAUAUAUUCUGGAGGUCUUUUCGCAUUAGCAAACUGUAACUCUGUUUGGCAAUUCAUUUUAGCAUUUUCCGUAUGCAGCGGACUUGGUACAGGGAUUUUGAUGACUCCCUUGAUAGGGGCAGUAGCAACCUGGUUUUUAAGGAGAAGAGGUAUUGCAACAUCCGUCAGUACCAUGGGUGGUUCAAUAGGCGGUAUUGUAUUUCCCAUUAUGUUGCGAAAAUUGUAUAAAGAAGUCGGUUUUCAAUGGGCUAUUAGAAUCUUGGCAUUCAUCUGUGUAGCCUGCCUAAUUUGCGCUUCAGUUUUUGCCAGAGAAAGGACCAAACCUAUUGUACAACCAUUCCGAUCUAAGUCGGAAGUAGCGAAGUGGUACAUUUCCUCUGUGUUCAAUUGGAGGUAUUUCCUUGAGGGCAAAUUCUUGUUUGUGGCAAUAGGUGCCUCCUUUGCAGAGAGCUCCCUAACCUCAUGCGCUACAUAUUUAGCAUCUUACUCUAUGGCCAGAGGAAAUACAGAAAAUGCAGCCUAUACCAUGAUCACUGCUUCAAAUGCUGUCGGUAUCCUUGGGAGGUAUAUCCCAGGAUAUUUCGCAGACAGAUUCGUCGGGAGGUUUAAUGUAGAAAUCAUUACCAUAUCAAUGGCCGCUCUAUUAAAUUUUAUCAUGUGGUUACCGUUCGGAGGUAACUCUAAGGUUUUAUGGGCAUACGUUUGUCUCUGGGGAUUUUCAACAGGUUCUAUCCUAUCAUUGACGCCUGUGUGCAUUGGACAGAUAUCCAAAACCACCGAUUUCGGCAAACGAUAUGCCACAGUGUACCUGUUGCAAUCCUUGGUUACCAUUCCUGUUUUACCCAUUGGUGGUACAUUAAUUGGCAAAGGUAGCGUAGCUAACUAUAACCAUUUUAUCAUAUUCAACUCAGCGCUAAUGGCAGCAGGCGCCGCAUGCUAUAUAAUAUCAAGACAUUUAUGUGUUGGUGCAAAAAUUUGCAAGUUCUAA